CGAGAUUUAGAAACACGAAGGAUGCACCAUGGGCUAUACAAUCCUUCUUUUUUGCCUCAUGGUUUAUUACCGAACGUCACCGGGAGGCCCUCUUGUGGUCCUGGAUCAUAGCCAAAUGGGGCAAGUCUGGUGAAUCUAUAAACACUGACAUGAUGUGGAAGGAGCUCACCGGUGGUGAAGCUAUUCAACAUGUGGUUCACGUCCCAUAUAGAAAUACACUAAAGGAUGAUGAACUUGAGAAGACACUUGAGGAUGCUCAUAUACCCAAACCACUCAACACAGAGUAUGCAUUCUCCAGUAUGGAUGGAUUCGGACCUGGAUACCUACGUCAGAUUUGGCAUAGAUUGCUGAGUCGACACGGAUGGCCUGAUUUGAGAGAUGGAAAGAAACUAAAAGCCUGUACUAUAGUCAAAGACAAGUGUUUCAAGAGAGGUAGUAGUCCAAAUGAAUUAUUUAAACACAUUGCCUUUGAGGAAUAUGGUGAUUGUGGUGACUGUAUUAUAACGCAAUUGAUUGCGCAAGCAGGCGGAAAAGGAUUGGAAGUCUUCUUACCACCUAAAGACGACCUCAUGGGUUUCACUAAUGUACCACAUUUACCUCUCGACGAUGAUUGGAGAGGUAUCGACUUUAGUCUUAAUAAUGUCCUGCAUACUGAAGUUUCACCACGGUCAUUCGCAACCCGCCUCAUCAUGCGUUACAAUCACGUAUUCGGUGAGACGCCUUCGCAAUUCACGAAAGUGUACAAUCCUUCACAGCUCAAACAGCAGCUGCAUUUAGCGGACACUCGUGAAGAAACCACAUUCAUUUGUCUCAAUGACGACGUCAAAAAAGAAAACGAUAUACCAGCCAUCAACGAGUUAAUGGGCAAUUGGUUCAAUUCUCGUUGGCCAGAUCCAGCAGAAUGGGAGAGAACAUAAAUAUAGUUAAUUUCAUAUUUGCAUUUUCCAAUUUAAUUACAUAUUACUAGGUACUUUCACUAUAAAGAACACUCGAACGGACAGUAAUAUUUUGUUAGCAUUAGAUAUACAUUUAAUCAAUUAAGUUCAUACGGCGGUGACUUAACCUAUAAGAUACUAUAACAUACUCCAACCCAACUUGACAGCGAACCACGAUGUCAGCAAGAGUCCUGCAUUGGUUUAGAACUGAUUUGAGAUUACACGACGCGCCUGCCCUUGUAAAAGGUUUAGAACUCAAACCAGAGGCUUUCUUUCCUGUCUGGGCAUGGGACCCUUAUUUCAACUUUGAUUGCCCGGUUGGACCAAAUAGGUACAAAUUCCUUAUUGAAACAAUGAAUGAACUCGACGGAAAGCUAAACGAUAUGGGAAAUAAACUGCAUGUGUUUAGGGCUGACCCAGCUGAUUUAUUUCCUGCUCUUUUCAAACAGUGGAAUAUCACACACCUAGUUUAUGAGAAGGAUCCAGCGCCGUAUGCAGUCGAGCGGGAUGAGAAGAUAAAACAAAUAGCGACAGAUGCUAAAGUAGAAGUCUUAGAUAUUACAGGACAUACACUUUAUGAUAUAGAUGCUGUCAUCGAGAAGAACAAAGGCGAGCCAACAACAACUGCGCAAGGUUUCAAGAAUCUUGUCAAAGAUAUGGAGAUUCCUCGUCCAACGGAGGGUCCUACGAGUAUGCCCAAAGCCGACAAUCUCAAGCUUGAGGCUAUCAGGAAGGAGGUGAAACUUUUCAAACCUGGUCACGAUAUCAAUGCGGAGCACAGAAAAGGUAGAAUGACUGUAUAUGAUUCUGUUACAGGUGUGAAAGAUAUUCUAGCAUCACCAACACUCGAAGAAUUGGGCUACGAUGUUAAGGAAGCAACAACGCAGAUUCCAGGAGGCGAAGAUGAAGCUCUUCGCCGCCUUGAUAAGUGGAUACAGGAUGAGGAUGCCACGGCUACUUUUCGCAAACCACAAACAUCACCAGCAGAGUAUGACCCACCUGCAACAACACAAUUGUCGCCUUAUAUCAAGUUUGGCGCAUUGGGGGUCCGCGAAUUCUACUGGAAAGUUGUUGAUCUGAUGGACCAAUACGAUGGUGAGACCAGCUCUGAACCUGAGAAUCUCCCUGGUCAGCUCAUAUUUAGAGAGAUGUAUUUUGCAGCACAGCUCGCGAUUGGUAAGCCAUUCGGGCAGAUUAGGGGAAAUAAGAUAUGCAGACUAAUUGAUUGGAAGCUCUGCAAUGUGUACGAUGAAAAUGGUGAACAGAUAAUUCCACGUCCGAAAGGCCCAAAGGAAGACGAGGAAGCACUUCAGAAAUGGGCAGAUGGCUUCACAGGCUUUCCAUGGAUUGACGCGGCUAUGCGUCAACUUAAACAAGAAGGCUGGAUGCACCACCUUGCAAGACAUUCCGUUGCGUGUUUUUUGACGAGAGGACAGUUGUACAUUAGUUGGGAGAGGGGAGCUGAAGUUUUUGAUAGAUAUCUUGUUGAUAGAGACCCAGCGUCUAAUGCUGGUAACUGGAUGUGGCUCUCUUGCUCAUGUUUCUUCCAUCAAUAUUACAGAAACUAUGGUACAACGACUUUCCCAGCUAAAUAUGACAAAACAGGGAAGCUAGUCAGGAAGUAUGUCCCAGAACUGAAGGAUUACCCCGAUAAAUAUAUAUACAAACCAUGGGAAGCGCCGGAGGAUGUACAAAAGAAGGCAGGAUGCAUAAUCGGUAAGGAUUACCCAAAACCAAUGGUUGAUGAAAAACGUGCCAGCUCUGAAUGUAUGGCCAAAAUGAAGGAUCAAUACGCCAAGAAGCUCUACGGAGAUAGUGAAUUGAAACGCAAAGCUAAUUAG